AUGCCUUAUAUUCGAUUCACGGAAAUCUCACGUGCUGAUUUCUACGAUAAAGUUCGACCAUAUAAACAGAUUCUCGGUCAUGAAUUAUAUGAAGAGAUGAUGGAAUUCCAUUUUAAAGAUAAAAGACCAAAUAAUGCUGAUUUACCGGCAAGAAUAGCGUACUCCAGGAUCGAUUCCGUUAUCUUAAAACCAAAGCAUGCCGCCGUUAUUUCAAAUUGGAUCGAGCGAAAAGAAUCCCCAUUUAUUUUUUCUAAAAAGAAUGCUUACCAAUUUAAUCUAAUUUAUCGCGGAACUCGUGAUGGUUUUAGUAACGUAGCCAUAAUAAAUAGAUGCCAAAAUCAUGGUGCGUACGUUGUCGUUAUAAAAAUUAGAGGAUCUAAUAAGGUUGUUGGUGGUUACAAUUCUUUAGGUUAUCGAAGAAGUAUGAACAAUACUCAAAGUUUCCAAUCUGGAUUUUUAACUCAAAUGGAAUGGAAGUAUAGCCUUGAUAGUUUUUUGUUUUAUUCUGAUGAUAUGAAAAAUAUAAAAACAAUGCAUUUGAGCAGAGUUAGUACUCCUAAUCAAGCUCAUUAUGCUUCUACUCAUCACGCUGUAAAUUUUGGUAAUAGUGAUCUAAUUUGUAACGGUUUGGCUGGCUCUUGUUAUAAAAAUUAUUAUCAGUAUAGGCUUUUAGAAUCGGAAUUUACUACCGAAGAAAUUGAGAUAUUUGCCGUAAAUCCUCAAUAA